AUGAGUGGUACGCUGUUCUAUGAUGAGCUUAUAAAAACUUGUAAAACAAUAUUAGUUCAUGUUCAAUCGACUCUGAACAGGGUGAAAGAAUCUAUCAAAGAGAAUGAUGGUGAACCAGAAUUAAAUGCAAGCUCAUCGCUUGUAAUUGUUUGCAAUUCCGAUGACUUCGAUUUAUUCUCGUCGUCCGAAGAGGUCAAUGUAUUAUUUACAGAGGCUGCCCAAGACAUACAAAAACUUGUUAACCAAUUGCGACAUGAGUUUAAUUACGACCAAGUUACAUACAAUUAUUUCUUAGAUUUUCUCUAUGAGUUUCAUUUUGUUGACGAUCGAUUCGUUGAACCAUUUAGCGUCGAUAUUCUUUCGAUAUUUGAACAAAAAUUACCAGUUUUUAUUCAAUCCAUCGAAGGUUUCAACGGAGCAGAAAAAGGAGACAUCACUAUGGUUAAGACAUUUCUUACGGAAGAUCCAUUGUCUAAAGACCGACCUUUAUUACAUGGAUAUACAUUACUAUACGUGGCAACGGCGAACAAUCAUCUAGACUUAAUUAAAUAUUUAAUUGAAGAAGCUAAAUGUUCUGUGAAUACUCAAAAUCAAAACGAUAAAUGUACAGAUGUUGAUACAGCUUUGCAUGCGGCAUGUACCAAAGGACAUGCAGACAUAGUUCGUUAUCUUCUUAGUCAAGGUGCGAACUGCUACAUAGAAAAUAAAAACAAGGAAACACCCACCAUGAUUGCCAACAAUUCUCCUGACCUGCACAAAAUCUUCAGUGAUCAUCUUGUUCUUGAUUACACGGGAAAAUGUACUAAUAGAAUCGAUUUACCAACAAUGACAAUUCAGAAUAAGUUAUUAUCAAUUAAUUACGAUUUGAAAUCUUUGCAGCCGGUCUGCGUUUGGGAAUUUAAACUAUUACAUGAACAAAAUUGGCAAUGCUUUGAUGAAAACGAAUCUGCACAAUUGAAUACAAGUUUACGUGAUAAAUCUGAUACAACCAUCAAUGUGAGUCGUCACAACGGAGCAUAUUCUGUGUCAAUGAUGAAAUUUCUCGUGGAAGACGGCACGGAACAGAAUGUCAAAUGGAUUCGUUGUCGUGGAUCAAAUCUAUACAAUUUCGAUGUUCAAUGUCUGUGGCAAAUGAUGCUCAUUGCGCACCCCUCUGUGUCUAAAGCAUCGCACAAAGAAGCAAAAACGAAACCUGUCGAUAUACCAGCAUUAUUCGAUUCUAAGCAAUUGCGAUAUCGUCUUAAUUCAUGGUACAACGCGGAUGACAUCGCUGGCAACUUAUUCGAUGAUGCGAUCGAUCAACGUGUUCGAUGCUGCAUUAUCAAUACGCGUCUUUUUGGAAAAAUUCAUGUAAAUUUGGAAUUGUUUUCUUUCAACGAUGAGACGAAAACGAUUCAGGGGCAUAUUCGAUGGAUACCAAAGUUUGUUAAUGUUGACACGAGAACAAAACGUAUUAAGCCAAUUGAUAAUUUUCAAACAACUACUUUUCAAAAUGACCCUCCGAUACCUUUGCGAAGUAAACUCCUUCGCGAGCUUUCAUCGACACUUACUACAAGUAAUGAUUUGAGUGACAUUACUGAGUAUACUGUUGCAGCUGACGAUCUGAUGGCUGAUGUUCCAGAUCGUUUCAUUGACAAUGCUACGGAAGAUAAAGAGGAAGAGAUUGAAAGCACACAAAUGUCAGUUGCAGUGCCUAUCACAGACAUGGAACUGAAUGCUAAUAGUGACGACGAAACAAGUCAUGAUGUUAGUGAAACAACUGAUUCAUCACUAGUAGAAAAUCUUCAGAAUAAUAUUCGAGAAAAACGCCAGAGUUUGGAUCGUGAGCUUGCUCGGAUAAAGCAAUAUGAUCAAAUCGUUGAACGCGAACGUACUUUAUUAAAAGAUCUGGAAAGUAAGAAAAAGGACAUUGAAACAAAAGAAUCUUUAAUUCGGCAAUUGUGUGACUCGCUAUCAAAUCCACCAAUCUCAGAAGACUUUCUGAUGUUACAGAACGAGUAUGACAAACAAGAUAAGAUUUUAAAAUCUGCAAUGAACGAAAUGCAUCAAAUUGACCAGCGUUGCCGAGAACUGGAACAAAAUCUUAAAAAUGAACAGAAUCUAGUCCAACAGCUUAAAAGUCACCGUCAAGCGGAAAUCCAAGCUGAAAAGGAUUUGAUGAUAACAACAUAUCAUAUACCGGGAACGGAAUAUGUUCAAUUGCAAGCGACCAUGGUUGAGAAUCAUCUGAAAACGUUGAAUUUUCUUGGUAAAACAGCAAUGCAUGAGAAAAACAUUAAAAUUCAUUCGAAAACUCAUGAAACCAUCGACCAUCAUCAGAUUUGGACUUUAUAUGCGUAUUCUGUUCAUCAUAUCACUAUGAAUGGUAUACGUUCUCGAAUCGAAAAAUUUGUCAGACAGAUAACGCGACAAAAGGAUUCCUAUCGAUAUCAAACUACAAAGAACAGUCGAGCUUUUAUUCAGACUAUUUCUACUGUAAAACUAAAGUGCAGUGCAAAGAAUUGGGAAAUCUUUUUAAGAGUUUUGCAAAAUCUAAUCAACACAACUCAAGAUGAAUCUUGCAAACAGUUUAAUACCUUUAUAGGACGAAAGGCGAAAGAUUUUGCUGGUGAUGUCGUUCAUAAUACUACAGGCUGGCGAACAAAGAUGCGCUCAGAAAAGAAUACAUUUCUAACGAAUCAUGACUUCCUGAACUCAGUUGAAGACUUGAAAAGCAAAGCUCUUCAGGAAUUCAUCAAUAAAAUCAAGGAAAGCUUUACAUCAAAUAAAGAGUAUACGAAACAUGCAAUCGACAUUCGAGACGCUCAUUUACGUAAGUUACACGGCUUACUCGUCGAUGAAGAAGUGUACCGUGGCCAUUCACCUCAUCAGUUUUCGUUACUAUCGUCUUUAAUUCAUCGAAUUCAUCUUAUCUUUCAAUGUUUUCAGUUGAAAUUACCUUUGUUUCAAUCUUCUAUUGAAUUAAUUCAGAAAAUCAAGGAGAACACAGUCGUUGCUAUUUCUACCGCAACUGGAUCAGGUAAAUCAACUCUUAUUCCGCCGCUACUUGUCGCUAUGGGUUUUGACAAAAUCUUUGUUACGCAACCACGUCGUUUGCCAUGUACUCUCUUGUCCCGACGGAUCAAUUCCAGCUUGGACUGUACUAAUCUAAGUGGUUGGACUGUAGCCGGUGCCCAUUCGAAGAACGUUUCACACGCACCCAUUGUUUAUAUAACUGAUGGAUUACUUAAAGAAUAUCUUCUGUAUCGAGAACAAUUUCUAAUUCAUCGAGCCAAAACGAGUAAACUAGGGCUUGUAUUUUUCAUCGAUGAAGUGCACGAACGUUCGAUCAAUAUUGAUCUUUGUCUCGGGUUAAUAGCACGAUUUCUCGACAAAAAUCCAUCGAUUCACCUAAAAAUCAGAGUAAUCAUUUCUUCAGCUACGCUUGAUUCAUCUAUUACACACAUCUUCAAACCAUUUCGAUUUCACGAAAUGAAACUGGAAACAUCUAUUCUACGUCCAGUCACCAUCAAGCCAGUGUGGACGGAGAAUAUGAUUGAAUUGAUUAGUCAAUUAAACGAACAACUGGAUUUGAAUGAUCAGAUGCUUUGUUUUGUUAAAUCAACGUUUGAGGUAUUGCAAUUGAUCAAACUAUUAAAGAUAGCAAAAGGUCUACAAGCUUUCCCGUUGGUUCAAUCUCAGUCAUCGAAUGAACAACAAAAACUUAUUGAAACGAAACGGAUCUUCUUUUCAACAACAGUCGCUGAAACAUCUUUGACUUUUCCUUCACUGAGAUUUGUCAUCGACACUGGAGUGGUUCACAUGCCUGUCUACGAUCCAUUGUUAGAUACAACUGAACUAAAAGAAUUAGAUGCAGCCGAAUCAACCAUUAAACAACGACAAGGACGACUUGGACGAACACGUCCUGGUGAAUAUUAUCCAUUAUAUACGUUCACUCCUUCUAAAAAGUUUCCUGAUCCACAAAUAUGUCAAACAGAAUUAGUGCAGAUCGAGUUUUCUCUGCAACGAUCUCCGCUGAAAUGCGGCUUGGAUCAAUUGAAGAAGUGGCUGCCAAGUCCACCCAGUGAUCAAGUCAUUGAAGCUGCUAAGAAACGAUUGAGAGAUCUCGAUGUUCUCGAUCGGCAUAACCAUUUUACAUCAAUUGGCUCGCUCAUAUCAACCUUACCUGAUUUUGGUAGUAUUGCAAUGAGUAAGGCAGUAUUAAGUGGUUUAGACACAUACAACUGUGGUCGUGAUAUUAUUCGGCUAGCUGCCAUUUUAAGUGUAUUGAACACGUCAUCCGCUCUACGACAUAUUCCCUCUCAUUAUAUAAAAUCAGAAGGAGAUUUUAUGACUCUUCUCGCGGUAAUGGACGCAAUACUAGCUGAGAAACUUGUUCAACCACCACAUCUCUUCGAUAUCGAUGAUGCUUGUAAACGAACCGGUCUCGUAGUAAUCAGUCAUCACAUCAGACGUGCUGUUAUUCGAUAUGAUUCAUUUCAAACGUUCUUUUGCUUAUCAGCAAAAUAUAGAGUUGCAUCGCAACGCUCUACGAACGGACAUUGGACUCCAAUUGCUUGCGCACUGCUUGCUGGUUAUUCUGAUAACGUGUAUCUAUCACUUGCCGAAAUUCAAGGUAAAAAGCAUCGUUAUAUUCGUUAUACUGUUGCAAACAGUUCAGCAAAACAACAAAUUGCUGUUCUCGAUAAGUCAUCAAAACUUUCGCGACUUCUCAGUGCCCAACCUGUUCCUUUGGUACUUGCCCGCGACAUCUUUGUGUCAACUGAUAUUCGCGAUCGAUCGAUUAUUUCAUUUCUUGGAGAGAUUCAACCAGAAUGGCUCGAUAGGAGUCUUGAGCGCGAUAUUACAUUAGCUGACAAAGAAAUAAAGGUAUUUAAUGGCGAAAUUAUGUAUAGUGAAGAUUUCCUCAAUAUCUCUCGUAAUAUUCUUUGCACUUUAAAUGGUAAAAAUUUGAAUCUCUCGGGAAACGCCAGUCAUGUACUUACGACCGAAUUGCAUGUCCGCCGUAGUCUUGUACUGAAGCAUACAACUUUACUUAUAUCGAAGGACGAGACGAACCAAUCAUUAAAGAAAAAUGUCAAAGCUCUCAUUGAAUCAUGGCAUGUUUUCAAUCCUAUGAAAUGGCGUUGGAAAGCAGAAAAUCAAGUAAAAGUAAUCUUUCGAGACACUGACGAGCACGGAGAAAUUAUCAUUAAAGCUCGGGAUGAAGACUACGAAAAAGUACGAAAAGAGUUUGAUUCGUUUGUCAAAUGGCUACAACCAUGUAUAGCAUUACAUUUGGAUAAUGGCAUGUAUCCUCGACGAUAUAUUGACCCUCAAACGAAACAGACGGUAGCUGAUAUGGAGCGUCGUAUUAGGCGGGUUACUGAUGACGCCCUGACUCCAGUCGAUCUCUGGCCACGCGUUCGUGGUUUAAAAGCAACGAGGGAAACACGAAUGGAAGUCGUGGCAUGGAUAGCAGUAUGUCUUUUUCAUUGUAAACUAGAAGGUGGCUUUGUUCGCGACUGGAUCGUUGCUAAUCAAUCAGCUCGACCUUCUGCGUCUGUUCUUCCUCAACAAUGGGUACAGUUCUUCCAUAAAAUUCCUGUCAUUGAUAAAGCGCUAAUUCCAUCUGAUCUUGAUUGCCACUUGCCCUUAGAACAUCCUUUCGAUAUCGAUCAAUUUCUCGACGAAAUUCACAAGUAUCAUAUACAAACAGAAGUUUUUCGACAAGAUUGGCGAUAUAUCCUUCUGUUCGAUCGAAACUAUCCGACAGGUCCAUUCACUAUGGAUCUAAUCGAACCGCAUGUAGCACUGACGCAGAAUCGGAUUGAUUUCGAUGUUAACAAUCUAUAUGUCAUACGUGGAUUCUGUGCAGAACUCGGUCAACGAGUUAAUCUUCGUGAUCCACCUUUCUCUAUUGAGCUCGAACAAAUCGUUGACAGUAUAAAGAACAAAUGUUUUCGUGUACUACGUCCUGAUGAUGAUAUAGUAAAAAAACGUAAAGAUAAAAUGCUGGCACGUGGAUGGCAAAAAUUCGGCGAUGACUUGAAUUAUAUUCCACCACCUCAUAAAAAUCACAAGUUCGUCUUAGAUCUUCUGCCGACAGCGUCUGAUUUGUACAAAAAGAUAGAAAACGAAAUGAAGCAAAUUUCCAAUGCUAAAGUGCUAUCCAUCGAACAAAUUCGAAAUACAGACGUCUUCAAUAUUUAUCAUGCAACGAAAAUACUGAUAACCGGUCAAUGUAGAAAUGGAACAAAUAAUGAACGUCAUCUGUUUCAUGGUACACCUACUGAUAAAGUUGAAAGUAUUAUGGAAAAGGGCUUUGAUGCGCGUUACUUUUCUUCAAGUGGUUUAUACGGACGCGGUGCCUAUUUUGCUGACAAGACUACAAAAUCACAUCAGUAUACGCGAGCAUCGUUAACAGAUCCGAAUCUGAAAAUGUUUUAUUGUCUUGUUACUCUUGGGGAAAUAUGUAAUAGAUCAACGACUGAUCAUUCGUUGAGCUCUCCACCAGAGCACUAUCAUUCUAUAUGUGGCAUGGCCAAUCCUAGUGCGGUUGAAUACAUUGUUUAUCAAAGUGCUCAAGCUGUACCAUUUUUACUUAUUACUUAUCAAGUCCAAUGA